AUCAGGCUGAGAGGGGCGGAAACACGCCGCGGUGCCAGCCGGGUAAAUUCACCUCAUCCAGGAAGAAACCCACCGAAGCUGUCUGCUCUGCAGUCUGCACACCCUGCGACAGAACACGGACCAAAUCACUGCUAGACCCGGUUAGCAGGAAUGGCGGCGGAGCUGGCGAGUCUGGUGCAGCGGCUGGAGGUGGCGGUGGGCCGGCUGGAGGCCGUGUCCGGCCCGGCGGGCGGCGCCGCAGGUUCUGCUGGUGGAGCCUUGGCGGCGUUCGUGGAGGCGUAUGAUGACAUCAUCAGCGGUCCUGUGGCGCAGUACAUGUCCCUGAGCCAGCAGAUCGGAGGAGACGUCCAGAAACACGCGGACAUGAUGAAGCAGGCGUUCUCCAGCCAGAGGCAGCUCCUCGCCACCGCUUCCUCCUCCCAGAAGCCCUCAGACUCGGUUCUGACGGCGCUGCUGCAGCCCGUCUCCAAGGCGAUCCAGCAGGUCCAGGCGUUCCGGGAGCAGAACCGGACCUCUCCGCUCUUCAACCACCUGUCGGCCGUCAGCGAGAGCGUUCCCGCCCUGGGAUGGGUUGCCAUGGCUCCGAAGCCCGGUCCGUACGUCAAGGAGAUGCAGGACGCUGCCAUGUUCUACACCAACCGGGUCCUGAAGGACUACAAGGAGAAAGACAAGAUGCAUGUGGACUGGGUCAAAGCCUACGUCUCCAUCUGGACCGAGCUGCAGAACUACAUCAAGCAGCACCACACCACCGGCCUGAGCUGGAGCAAGACCGGUCCUGUGGCCGCGGCCUCCGCGGCUCCGCCCAGCGCGCCGGCCGGCGCCCCGCCCCCGCCGGGCCCCCCCCCUCCGCCCCAGGAGCUGAGCGGCGUUCCAGGAGGCGGCUGCGACGGCGGCGGCGCCACCAGCAGGAACGCGCUGUUCGCCGCCAUCAACCAGGGAUCCGACAUCACCAGAGGCCUGAAGCACGUCAGCGACGACCAGAAGACCCACAAGAACCCGGCCUUGAGGGACCAGGCGGCCCCGGUGCGUACUGGACCCAAACCGUUCUCCUCGGCCACGCCCCGACCCGCCGGGUCCGCCGCACCGACCCGCACGCUGCCGCCGGUUCUGGAGCUGGAAGGAAAGAAGUGGAAAGUGGAGAACCAGGAGGGGGCCCAGGGCCUGGUGAUCAGCAACACGGAGCUGAAGCAGGUGGUCUACGCCUUCAAGUGCAACCAGAGCACGCUGCAGGUCAAAGGCAAAAUCAACUCCAUCACCAUCGACAGCUGUAAGAAGAUGGGUCUGGUGUUCGACGAUGUCGUCGGCAUCGUGGAUGUCAUCAAUUGCAGAGACGUCAAGGUCCAGGUCAUGGGGAAAGUCCCGACCAUUUCCAUCAACAAGACGGACGGCUGCCAUGUUUACCUGAGCAAAGACUCGCUGAGCUGUGAGAUCAUCAGCGCCAAGAGCUCUGAGAUGAACAUCCUGGUUCCCAACAAGGACGGAGAGUUUACGGAGCUUCCUGUUCCGGAGCAGUUCAAGACCGUCUGGGAUGGCCAGAAGCUCGUUACCACGGCAACGGAGAUCGCUGGUUAGGCGGAGCCCCGCCCUCUCACCUGACUGACCCCACCCACCAGCUAAUGUCACACUGUAGACUGAGAUUCAGACCUCAUGAGUUAACCCCGCCCCCUGCCUCCUAUCAGCCAAUCACAGCUGCCCCUUCAUUAGCCAAUGAGAGGGCUGCUCGCGCCUGGAGCAGAUCCUCCAGCCAAUCGGCAGCAAGCAACUGAGAACUAGAUUAGAUUCUCAGCAGCCAAUCAGCCAACAAGACGCUUCCCUGUUUCCUGCUCCACUUCCUGUUUCAUUAUUAUGCAACUUCCUGUUAAAGCACCUAGAAAACCAACUAAAGCAUCACUUUGCUUCUGCUCAGUUCAAUCCGGUUCAAACAAUCCAGAUCAGGUGGGAAUAAAGCUCCAGGUUUCCCAGGACAUUCCCGAGCGUUGGCAUCAUUCCAUGUCGGAGACAGAAAGCUGCACCUUGAUUCACCUGGAAGUGGUGACCAAUCUGUAAACAUGUUUUCUUUUUUCUCACUUUAUUUUUGGGUCCAAAUUGAAAUGUUCUCAUCAGUGCUGAGUCAUUAAAACGUUGCAAUAACA